AUGAUUUUUUUCUUUAACCUGAAUAACCGUAAUACUUUGGAAUACCUCGGUCUCGGUGACACGAUGACGCCUCGUUUUGGAAACCUCGAGUCGACGCUUACCGACUCCAUUCGUCCUGGAAGACCUUCGAUGGCCAAAGGUGUGCCACGAGGCCUCGUCCGUGCAGUAAACCCGGCUGACGUACCACCAGCGCUCCGAGAGCAGACGUAUUCAAAAAUGGAUGUGCACGGACGUUCAUUUCCGGCUGAGUUGUGGGAGGAAACUUUCUCGCACCUCACCCGCCGCGACCUCGUCAGCGUUGUGUUGGUCUGCCCCGAGUUCAUCGGACCUGGCCAGUCGGUGUUGUACCGUGUCGUUGACCUCCGCCAGGACGACAGCAACAUUGCCGCCACAGUGGAUUUGCUGAGGCGCCGCGCAGAUCUGAGAGCCAGGAUACGCAGUGUGACGCUGACCACCCGUCGUCCGCCGCAGUUGUGGGAGGCCUCGUGGUUCCCGCCGGAUAUCUUCCAGGGUUGUGUCAAUUUAAGGUCGCUGGAGCUACACGGAUUUCCGUAUGAUGUCGCCGAGAGGCAUGCAUUCAAGAAUUACAUCCAACAUUCGUGCAGUGCGCUCCAGAGCAUCACGCUUCAUCCAACCAGGAAUUUGGAGCCGCUUGGUGUAUUGGACAUCUUAUGGGCGAGUCAGCCAGAGCUCGAGCUGAAAUUGAUCCCGAAGCACCUAUACUCGGCCGACACCUUAACCCACAUCGCCUGGACAGGAAGUAUCAGCCACCAAUCGGACGGACAAUACGACCGACUGCUCAACUACACAUUCAACCAUCUGAUAUCCCUAGAGCUCGGGUCUCUGGCGUCCUCCGACAACAUCUCCUCCCUUAACGAGAAAGUCACUCUUUUCAUCAAACGUCAUCCCCUAAUCCAGCAUCUCUCCAUGGGGAAAGAGAAAUCUUCACCAACAUUCUUCCAGCUAGACGCUCGGCACCUCGACAACACUGUCCUUCCCAACCUGCGCAGCUUCGAAGGAUUUCCGGAGCACCUCGUCGCGCUCUUCCAGGCCGAUAUCGCCUCGCUUGUCGACCUGCACACGCUUUCUGUAUUUUCGAACACUGAAAACCUCUCGGACGUGCAAGGGAUGUUCGACGUCUUGCACGGGCAACAGUAUCCUCAAGUCACCCGGCUACAAGUAGAUUUAUACCUGCAGGCGCUCAACCACCAGUUUGAGUCGCACGUCACGUUCCUCCCGCAGCGGAACCUGAUGAUCGCUUUUGCCGACCUCUGCCCAAACGCGAUAUAUAUCUCAGCUCGUCUGCCGCCGUUGCAUCGAGAUCCCCUGUGCUCGAUGUUCAAGUCCUUCGCCUCCGUGGAGACGAUCUCAUUCCCCCAUCUCUCGCUCUCAGUCCAUAUGCCGGCCACCGUCGAGGAGCAGAAGCAGUUCUUCUCACCGCUCGCGGAGCGCUGCCGCAAUUUGCGUCAGAUCAUCAGGCGUAGGCCCGAGUAUACUCAGUUGCCCGACUCGGUCUACACCCUUAGACGCUCGUCACUUGGCGAGCUCGUCCGGGUGGAUGUUCAGCAAUGA